ACGCCCAGAGCCAACCUUCCAACCAACGUGCUUACUGCAAAGUAAAAGUUUACUACCUGUACCUGAAGCAUCAAACAGUGGUGGAAAUGAUCAUUCUUAUACUAAUUCUUUUUUUACUAUCCCCUCUGAUUAUAAGCGGCACAACUGGAGUGCAGUGUUUUGAAACUCAAGACGGCUGCUCCUUAACCGCAGGAGUGUGUAAUGCUAGCACCUGCUACAUGAGGAUUCUUGCUAAAGCCAAUCCGCGCAACAUAAGUGAACACCAGUUCUCUUAUAUCUACGGGUGCCUUCCUGAGGAAGAAGGGGGGAAUGGGCCUAGUGUGAUUGCUAGUCUCUGCAGUGGUCCGGCUUCAUGGGACCGUGAACUCCUCAUCUCUUAUACUUGCUGCACCUCUGAUCAUUGUAACAAGAAUAUUGAACCAAGGCACGAUAUUGAGAGCCUACUGAUAAAUAGAUAUAAUAAUGACAGUAAUGAUCAGGAAUCAUCCUCAGUUUUCGUCUCAUCGUCAGUUCCUUCCUCAUCAUCAGUUCCUAUCUUGCCGUCAGUUCCUAUCUUGCUGUCAGUUCCUAUCUCGCCGUCAGUUCCUAUCUCGCCAUCUGUUCCUAUCUCAUUCUCUUCAUCGUAUCAGUACUUGUAUGACCUCACCUCUCUUCCAACUAAGGAUACAUCAACUUUUAACAAUCCCAGUAUAAUAAUUUACUUCAGCGAGCCGACCAACGACCCUCAGCAAAUAUCUGAUUUAAAUACAGUAAUACCUGUAAUUGUGGUAUUACUUGUCAUAGCUGCAGUCAUUAUCCUCCUUGCCAUCUUUAUUCAUCGUCGAUCUACUAAAUCUAACAACAGAGGAAAACAAAGAGGCAAUGAAGGAAGUACCAAGGUAAGACCUGAAGAUGUUGAAAGAGAAAUGGAAAUAUUGAGCACAUCCGGGUCUGGAAUGGGCGAGAGAGUCCUCACUAGUCGCACCAUUGCGAUGGACAUCACAAUACAUGAGCAUUUGGGGCGAGGAACCUAUGGAAGCAUCAGUCGUUGCACAUACCGAGGCAACACUUUUGCUGUCAAACGGUUCACAACAAUUAAUGAGUCAUCUUUUCGGAGGGAGCUCGGCAUAUACAGCUUCAGCUUGACCCAAACGAAUAUCCUCACUUAUAUAGCAGCUGACAUGAUUACAAUCGAUGGUGUAAUGGAGUGCUGGCUAAUACUUCAAUAUUGUCCCAGAGGCUCCUUAUAUAUGGAACUAACGUCUUCUCCGCCAUCGCUUGAGACUGGAGUCAGGAUGGUCUACUCGGCCUGUAUGGGCCUCAGCUAUUUACAUUCGUCUCUUCAAGGUUAUGGGCCUAUUGCAAAGCCUCGUAUUGCUCACAGGGACAUCAAGUCAAAGAAUAUUUUAAUGAAAACAGCAGAAACCUGUUGUAUUGCUGAUUUUGGCCUUUCUAUUGCUGAUAGUGAAGAUUUUCAGUCAUUUAUAUGCUUGAAACAGGGUACCAAUAGGUACAUGGCUCCAGAGAUCCUCAACGAGACGAUCGACGUGAAGGACUUUGUUUCAUUCUUAAGGGCUGAUGUUUACUCUUUUGCACUUGUAGCCUGGGAAGUGUUUAACAGGUGCAAUAUUGAACAAGGUGGUAUUGCUAGAGAGUACCAACUCCCAUACAGUGACCACCUGCCUAACAACUCUUCCAUUGAAGAUUGUAGGAGGGUGGUAGUUGAAGAAGGGACAAGGCCAGUAACAUCAGAAUGGUCCAAAACCAGGUUUCUUGAAAAACUUUCUGUUACAAUUAAGGAACUAUGGGCAGAAAGGGGCAGUGAAAGGCCAUCAAUAGAGCUCCUUCGAAAGAAGAUCGAAAAAGAAGCAAGUAACAAUGAUAUAGUCCUCAGCCAUUAGGAAGAAAUUAUUUACAACAAAAUUGUUUUGAUUUCUUGUUCAUUUUUCUUGAUUAAACUUGUUGAGUUGUUAAUAAUCAGAAA